GGUAUUCCGUUUCCGGUAUUGCAGAGCAACAUGGCGGCGCCCUGCGCUGCCUGUGUGGCUGAGGACGGAGACGGUUCUGAAAUCUUGCAGAAUUCGGUUGAAGCAUCUGAAAACGAAUGCAAGAGGCCACAGUUUGGGACCCGUUUCUUGAAGGACCCGCGUCAAGUUUUUCAACAUAAUGCCUGGGACAAUGUUGAAUGGACUGAGGAACAGGAGGUGGCAGCUCGGAAGAAGGUUCUAGAGAACAGCCAGCCUCUUCCCUUGGAGAAGCAAGAAGAGUUUGAUAGCCGGGCUAAUGAGUACUGGAAUGACUUUUACAAGAUACACGAGAAUCGAUUCUUCAAAGACCGCCACUGGCUCUUCACGGAGUUCCCUGAACUCGCGCCAAACUGCAGGCAGUACCCAAGCUCACAGACAGGGGAUGCUGCUGAGCAGGGGCCAAACUACGUGCAGCACCUGAGCUCACAGACAGGGGGCGCUGAUAAGGGCACUCGGGGUACUAGCAGUGGUGUUGCCACUCCGGCCCAAACCGACGCCUCCCCCAUCGCAAACGGAGACUUCCCUGGGUCUUCGUCCUCGUACCGUAUUCUGGAGGUCGGCUGUGGCGUGGGAAACACGGUUUUUCCCAUCCUGAAGACGAACAAUGAUCCCGGCCUGUUCGUGUACUGCUGCGAUUUCUCCAGCACGGCGGUGGACCUGGUGAAGUCCAACGCAGAAUAUGACCCCGCACGCUGUUUCGCUUUCGUCCACGACCUGAGCGAGGAGACCGCCCCCUUCCCCGUCCCCCCGGGGAGUCUGGACGUCAUCGUGCUCAUCUUUGUGCUCUCCGCCCUCCACCCAGACAAGAUGCAGACGUCCAUCAGAAGAUUGGCUGAGCUGCUCAAACCUGGUGGUGUUCUGCUUCUCAGAGACUACGGUCGCUACGACAUGGCCCAGCUCCGCUUCAAAAAAGGAAGGUGUUUGUCAGAAAACUUCUACGUCAGAGGGGAUGGGACCCGUGUCUUCUUCUUUACCCAAGACGAGCUCCAUGACAUGUUCACCCUGGCGGGGCUGGAGAAGGUGCAGAACCUAGUGGACCGGCGCCUGCAGGUGAACCGGGGGAAGCAGCUGACCAUGUACCGGGUCUGGAUCCAGUGCAAGUACCGCAAAGCCUGACCAGAACGGCCCGGAAAACCCUGGAGCCGAAGAGAGGCGCCCGUCCGUACAGCGGACCUGAAGAGAGAGCCUUGAGCCAGGGGUUGGCGGCCAUGCCGGUGCAGUGCGAUGCGGUCGUAUCGUUUCUGAGACGUUGAGGUUGCAGAACGGAAUGUAGUCAUGGCUACAGUGACUCAGAUGUGAUAUGAGGUCAUUUCUAGCUCCAGGUGAGCAGCUGGGCUCUGAAACAUAUCUGGGUUUGAAGGGUUUGAAUGGUUUGAAUGGUCUGAAGGAUUUGAAGGGUCUGCAUUGCAGAAAUGCCACAAGGUUAAGGAAAUGCACAGGCACGCUAGCUGGAAAAGCACUGGACCUCAACAUUUUAUUGUGUACAUCUCUCAGACUGUUUGCCUUUUCAGUUGUUUCAUCCUGAUCCACGUGAGGUCAUCACUGGCCAAGCAAGGGUGUCAUUAUAAAAGGAUGAAUUUUUACCUUCUGAAUAAAGACAAAAACAAUAAAACCAA